AUGUCCACGCAGCUUCGGUACUAUACCUUGUCUUGCGUGGCCCGGCUUACACAGAGACAGACGCCCCGGACCGCAGUGCUGCGAAAGAACGCCGGCAGCAGUCAUGAGCCAAAUACAGCAGAUGAAGUGGUGAGCAACUUCUUUUCAAGUGCUGCGGAGCCCAAGACCCAAUCAGAGUGUGGCAUUGAAACGUGGCUGCGUGCGGUCACUUGUACAUCCCCCAGCGGAAAGCACAACGAAUUACCUGACCUGGGUUCCAAAGACCUGCGGCGCGUCCAGAGGGCAAAGACGCUCCCGUCAGGAGCCACGUUCACCAUCAUUGACUCACAGCCUGCCAAGCGGGCAUCUGCGGAUCGAGCUUUCGCAAACCAGGCCUUAUGGGAGGCCCUGCCGCGAGGCCAUGCUGAGGUCCGUGAGGGCGAUGAGACAGGAGUGUUAUUGUGCCAGCUGGCUGCAAUGCGCAAGUUUGGCAGCGCUGAGGAAAAGUUUGGACCCCUUGCCUCUGAGGCUGGGGGUGCACGGCGUUGCGCUCUCUCUGCGCUUCCAGCAGCAAUGAAGAAGUUGCAGUUAAGGUGCAAGCUGUCGCUUGUUUUCUCCACGAAAGACUCUCGGCUAGAGAAUGGAGAGAUGUGUAAGUCCUCGUUCUUCUUCUAUCGGGAUGUGCCAUACCUGGCUCUGGGAUCCAAGAACGUCACUGUGGUGGUUGUUGCUACGGCAGAAAACGAGGCGCUCGAGGACUUGUCCUGCUAUACAGAGGACCGUUUCCAAUUUGCAAGGGAGAUGGCCAGGGUCUUUCUCGAACAGAUUUUCAAACUGCGCGAAGAUCAGCGAAUGGCCAUGAUAAGGUAUGUUGCCAAAAACUCUGCCACACUUUGCGGAGAGUCCAUCUCUCCAAUGCACCAACACAUUCAGAGCUACCACAACAGUCAAGAUCAAAUCCAGGCGCAUAUCCGCUUUUUUGCGGUGACAUCUCCGAGCUCCUUCCGCAACGCUGGCCUGACCCUGCUUGACCCAAUGCAGGCAGCUCAAGCUUUCCAGGAGUGGGGGCUCUUCGCCGUGGAAGCGCUGGAUGAAGCUGCGGUCAGCGAUGAGGAUGCCGUCAAACAAUUGGAGAGAAAGCACCUUCUUCUUCCAAACCGGGAAGGUGCCGUGGUGUACGUGGUUCUUCGAACGCCUUCCAAGACACGAACAGCCCUGGUUUACAAGUGGAAAAACUCGUGGUACGUCACUGUUCGAGCCCUGAGGGAGAAGUUUUGUCAGCGAGCCUCAGAAUCGCGGAUACGCAGCCGCAUAAGGCUACUGCACGUGCACCAUCCAGAUGAGAGUGAAAUUGUUGAGGGCUACCUCUUGUUUUAUCGCUGGGUCCUCCUCCUCCUCCCGGAGAAAGGUUUUUCGGAGACCUUGUCUCAAUUCUGGGUUGACCUGAAGGCUGCACACGACCUGUUCCACCUUGGCCAGACAUGGUCUGAAGCUUUACCGCGGGACCUGGCAACUGCUUGCACUGCGGAAUGGCUUGCCUCGUUCACAGAGCUGCCGUUGUUGCUGUGCCAAGAAGCCAAGGCAAAGCUGACAGUCGAUCAGUGGGAUGCUGCGCUGGUUGCGCUGAUCCCGGAAAGGCACCUGGACUUUGGCUGGAAGAGGACGUUGCUCUCACAGCUGUUCUGGUGCCUGGACAUGGCAAAGAUGCUAGCAGGAAAGGACCCCAGAGCGAAGCAGGGGGAGGGGUCCGGUGCUGAUACGCGGCUACCUGCGAACGAAGGCGAUUGGGUCAAUCAAGAUGAGGUGACAGCCAUGGGAAAGCGCUCAAGGUCUCCCAAGGAGCAAUUUCUUCAAGCAGUGACUGCCAUGGCGGCAAAUGCAAAGGUGCGGUACCUCUUUGUGGACAAGAUCCACACUAUAAAGCAGCACAGAGAAGAAGUUCUGGUGGCGGCUGGCCACGGCUUUCGUCAGCGAGCAUCAAGUGGGAAGAUUGCCUUUGCACUGCUGAAUCUGUGCCACCCGGAAGAUGAAGAAGGUGAGUCCACCCGUGCACUGGACAUCUGCGCGGCACGAAUCUCCGGUCGCGGCCUCUCUCAUCUUUCCCUGAUUCCACAAGCCAUGGAUGCCGCUGCCGUGGUGCUGUCAGCUGCUGAAAGCGCUGAAGUCCUGACUGACGACGAGAAGUUCCAGUUUGAUGUCUAUGCUGAUAUUGACAUGCGCCUAGAUGCAAAGACGUUGCUAAAGAUGGCGCUGAGCAAGCUUAGAGAUGGCAGGCUUUUGUCAGAAGCGUCCUUUACCGACGAGCUCUGUCAGCAGGCAGUUGCGGCGGCAAAGGCUCAUGAGGCUGGCCUGGCGAAAAGGUGGAAAACCUUGUACUGGAUGGUCAUGUUGGAUUGGCAGGCUAUUCUUUGGGAUCCGGCUGUCGGUAGCUUGCGGGAAUCACUUUUGACGUCCAUAGAUACCAUCCAGGCGGCCCAUGCGCAUACCACGCAGAGUCUUCAACCAAUUAGCCAGCCACACGUGACCCUGCUUUGGUCUGCGGAACCAGCCAAUCGAAGCACGCAAGAAAGGCUUGAAGAAAUUGAGGGCAAACAGGUGCAGGUGACUGUUGUAGCGCUUUGCUGGGAUGCAGGGCUUGGUCUGAUUGCACUUCGCGUUGCGCUGGACGACACCUGUGCUGCAUUGUGCCAGAACUGCCAUCCACACAUCACCGUGGCCAAGCUUCCGGGAGUAGCGGCAAAGCAAUCGAAUGAUAUGCUUGCUAGACAAGCCGACGGGGACAAAUCAGUUGUGCAGGUCCAGUUGCAUUCUUUUAUGGUAACCGGCGUGGUUCAGAGGCAGCUCUCCGUUGAAUCGCUCGCAACUGCAGCAGCUUUGGGUGGCUCGUUACCAGAAGGCAAUCCGAUUUGCAAAAAUGGCCUGGCGGCAACAGGUGAGGCCGUUGAUGUAUGGGCAACAUAUGAUGGGUCAAUCCGUUUCCGGAAGGUGGCACGGACGGUGGGGGCCUUGUGCUGCCAAGUUUCUGAGCCCUUGUUGCACUGCAAGGCAUUGCCCGCUCUUCGUGGGAAGAUCUGGCUGACCUUCCACGAGAGACCCUUGAGCAGCGAAAGCGUGCGGGCUCUAGAGCAGCUCCAGAAGAACAUGCUUCAAACACUGCACCUGGCUGUAGCGUACUUCCCAGUCUCGGAGUUCUUCCUGCAGCGGAGUGUCGCAGAUAUGCAGGAUGAAAUCACGACGCAGCUGUCCACACAGGGCGCAGAGGCACUGCGACAUGCCUAUGAGGCGUUAGCAGCCUGGAAAUGCAGAUCCCUCGACAAUCCCAGCUUCUAUGUGCAGUGCAAAGCCGCAGGGUCCCAGGAGCAGACUGUGAGAUUCAGGCAAGCGCUAGCAUCAUCGGUGGCAAGCAUGCUCCACUGGGUACCAAAACUCAAGGAGGCGGCCAUCACUCUGUCGGCCCAUAUCCGAGAUGACUGGGUCUUACUGGGCUUGGUGCUCUCCGGAUCGCCGGGACAGCAGGUUCAGAAAGGCAACUCAAUGCUGGAGAGAGUAGCAAUGGCAAAGGCAUCUUCUGGAAAACUUUUUCUUGCUUCUGACAUCAGUCCCUUCAAUGGCACGGGCUUCGUUCCAAGAGACUUGGAAGUUGACGUUGGCACCGGAGCCUUCUUUCCGUGGCCGCUUGACCUCCUCAUCUUCGACCUUCGCGUCGGCAUCGUCUUUGGCCUGAUCAUGCCGCGGAUCCCGGAGAUCUUUCGCCUCGACGGGCUGGAUGAGCCUCCGGAUGACCGCGUCGAUCUGGGAAGCUGUGAGUGGCGAUGCGUUCGCUGCGACUCCGACAGGGCCGUGCAGAUCGGACCUGGCCAGUGGAGCUGCACGACCUGCCAAAGCAACGACUUCUACUCCACGAACCAGGCUUUGCGCCGACAGACUGACUGCGGCACCUGGAUGUUCUUGCCCCGGGCUCCUAAUGGACUUCCCCGGCAAGGACCUCCUGAGCAAGCACCUCCUGCGCAAGCACCUCCUGAACAAGUACCUCUUCGCGGUCCUUCCGGCAAAGGGCAGCCAGCUCCGAUUUCCCGACGCCAACGGCAACAGUUCAAUCGGGCACUGCGCCGGGGACAACCUCCUGAUGGACCUCCCUCAGACGGCUUUGAGAUGCCAGAGUCCGAGACGGCUACCUUCGAUCCCAUUGUGGACCCGGAAGAGCUGGAUGAGUUCUCCCGACCUGCUGGCGGCGGACAUGGCGGCACGACCUGGAGGCCUACGGCUCGACCCAGCUCCUGCCCGGCAACACCGCCUACGGCAAGUUCGCAGGCAGCAAGGCCAAAAGCAAAGGGCUCGCCAGCACGUAAGCCGACCAAGCCUCAGCCCGACACCAAGCAGGUCAUGACCUCUCAGGUGGCGACCUCCUCUUCGUCUUCGACCAGCUGGAACUCCAUGAUGGGACCGGCGCGGGGUGUGAGAUGGAGAGGCGGGGCCCCUCCGACACCUCCUGUCUGGAAGUACGAGCAGUCUGAUCUACGCGCGUACAGCAAGUUCUCCAAGAAGGUUGCUCUUUGGAGGAUUCAAGUGUCUUCCUAUAUGACACCUCGGGAGGCGUCCCUGGUCCUGUACACCAGCUUGACCGGGGAGGCGGAGGCGGAGUUGGAGCACGCCCCAAUCGAGGCCAUCAACUCCGAGAAGGGGAUAGAUUUUAUCCUGGAAACCCUCCGCCAGCCUAUGGAGCAGAAGCAGCUGUUCCAGAAGCGCAAAUACCUCUCCGACUUUGAAGGCAUUCAGCGGCAACCAGGCGAAGGACUGAAGGCCUUUAGCAAUCGGUACAGGCGUACCGAACGCAAUCUUAAAGCUGUCGGGGUCGAAGUGACCCUGAUGUAUGACAGCGAGGCUCGUGGGAACAGGCUCUUGGAGAGAGCGAGACUCAGCCCUCAGGAUCAGCGUUUGCUUCUGGUGGGCAGCCGUUACUCCCUGGCCUUCGAGGAUAUCGCCGAGAGCAUGGCCAUGCAGUUCCCCGACUUUAAAGGGUCCCCUCCUGUGAUCGGACGAGACGGGCAGCCCAUCAACCGGAACAAAGGGGGAGGCAAAGGACAUCCGCCCAGCUCCUCGGGACCAAGCGGCAAAGGAGGACAAGGCGGCAAAGGGGGGAAACCCACCGGCUUCGCCAGGAAGGUCUACCUCGCGGACCAGGCCGACGAGGGCGAGACCGAGCAGGAGCACGAGUCCGCUGAGGGGUCAGGUGGCGACCAGGAACAGGACCAGGCCGCCCCCGACGACGACGAGGCCGGCAACUUGGACGACGGCCCCAAGAAGGACGCUGCAAGCCUCAAGAAGGAGACCCACUGCGCAGCUUGCGGAGAAAAGGGUCACUGGCGAGGCGACCCAGAGUGCAAAGUAUCUGGGAAAGGCGCUGCUGCGCCCUCAGGCAGCACCAAAGGACAAGAGUCCGGGAAAGGAGCCAAAAAGGCGCCGCGCCAGACCUACCUCGUACACCACGCCGAGCAUGGCUCCCUCGAGGUCGUCGACGAGCCCACCUACGGCACCAUGUUCAGCAUCAACGUGGUCUUCGAUGUGCGGCGCGCCACCGACGGCGACGUGAACUUCCCUGGCCUCAUGAUCCUCGACACGGCUUGCCAGCGGACCUGCUGCAGGAGCUCCUGGGCAACUGCGCAUGCUUCACUCCUCCGUGUUCAGGACCUGCUUGUGUGCAGAGCCCCUUGCACAGAUGCUUUUCAGUUUGGCAGCGGCGACCCAGUCAAGGCCAAGCACCGCUUGUACAUGCCAGCUGGCAUAGGGGGAACCGACCUUGUGAUUGGAGCAGGCGUCCUCGAAGCAAACAUUCCCAUGCUUGCGUCCAAUCAGUUGCUUGAUCAGCUCGGGUUGGUGCUUGACAUGCCUAGGUCCUCUGCUACGUUCACCAAGUUAGGCGUGACAGUGCCUGUGCAGCGCAACAAUGGACACCUGACUGUCUCAGUGGUCGAGUUUAGCAAGCACAUUCCCUCAGACAGCGCUAGGUGGCAGCAGCUUCAAGAUGCAGUUGACUGGGACAGCCCGCCUCCGGAGCUCGUGUUUCUGGCCCAAGCUGUUCCUGACGUUUCGUCCUCAGCAACCCCGACACUUCAUGCAGGCGACUCCACCGACAUGGCUGCGCGGAUGGCGCCGCCUGGUACGAUGCCUCCAGCUUCUCAAGCGCAACGUGUUCAUACAGAUGGCGCAUGCUGUGAACCUCGGCCUCCUGGCGCCCGAGAUCUACCUGGACGUGCCUCCGGAGCUCGACGUGAACUUCGCACAUCCCGCAGCAACUUGCAGCCACCCCGACUAUGUCCGGUACGGCAACGCGUACGGCAAGUUCGCUCGCUGCAAGCAGUGCCUGAAGAGAUGGAAGUGGAACGCCCACGAAGGUCUGUGGGUCGAACACCUGGACAACAAGUUCGGGGCAUCGCUGCUCAAUUCGCAACCGCCCUUGCCAUCCUCCUCCAAUACUGCGCCGGCCCAUGCAGUACCUUCCCGGACAGCGGAACCAUCGACCCGUCGGCCUUCGAAGCCCCAAGGCACGACGGCCAAGGCAUCGCCGGCGACACCCACGAGGACUUCGACAACUCCGGCACGCAGGCACCGAACAACCCGUUCUAUGCCGAGUGGUUCGGAGAUGUCGGACUCAACUCCAUGGAGCCUUCUGCACAACCCCCUCCGGAGACAGAAUACGACGGGAGACGGAGACGACUGAGCGGCAACUGGGCCCGCUCGGCAGGUGUGCUGGACCGAGAGCGGGCGAUCUAUGACAGCCUCAUGUCCACCUCCUGCAGACCACCGCCGGCGGUCGACGUCAUGGAGCUGUUUGCCGGCGAGGCCGGCAUUACCGCAAAGGCGUCCCGCUAUGGACUCAGUGCCUCGGAACCUGUGGACCAAGUCUUUGGAUGGCACCUUGAGGAGCUGCAGACCCAGGACUAUGUCAUUAAGAUGGUCAAGCGGCUACGGCCCCAUGUUCUCCAUGUGGCCUACCCCUGCACUCUGUACUCCAUCUUUAACGAGAACCUGAACUACAGCAAGCGCAUGCAUGUGCUUCAUCGCCUACGGCAAGAUGACCUGGAGAUGAGGCGGCUCAUUCGCAAGCUGUUGGACCUACAGCUUGAUGGUGAACGCGCUUUUGUGCUGGAGAAUCCGCGGCACUCACGGCUCUGGGAGAUGGACGAGUUUCGCGACCUCGGCGACUUCCCCGGCAUUGCGGAGUGCAUCGUUGACUCAGGCGCCUACGGCGGCACCACAACCGACGGCGAGCCCGUCAUCAAGCCCUUUAAGUUCCUCACUAACAUUCCGGGCGCGGCCACUGUGCUCAACAAGCGCCUCUCGGAGACCGAGCGCAUGUACACAGUUCCGGUCCAGGGCAAGGACACCAAGCCUUCUCAGGUCUAUCCUCAGAAGCUGGUCGAUGCUCUCCUCCACCUCUACCACGACUACAUAAGAGCUCAGGAUGUCACGAGAUUUCCGCUGCACCAGGCUUUGGCUACCUUCCAAAGCCCAGUCUCUGACCUGGCUGCCUGGGACCCCAUCGUGACGAUGCUCGAGCGUUCCUUCGGCACCAGCUCUACGAGACCCUUCUACGUGGACGUGGACAGCGAUGUGGGCAAGAACAUCGGCGACCUCCUCGGGAUGAACCUGGCUCGCGUUCAGUGCGUCCAAACUCCUACUCAGCGCCGACUUCCUCUGGAUUUUCCCUUUACGGUUCGCAGUGCUUUUCUCCUGUGUGCGGACGGCUCACGCAGCGUGGAGAUGGAGGACCUCUCUGAGAUUCAGCAGCCCAAGCAGAGAUUUGCCAAAGCAGUUCGAUACGCUGUCUUUGCAUACGGAGAAAGGCGACUCGAAGUACAACCUUCCAGCUCGGAAGGGAAGCCCGAUUCACCGAUGCCGGACCUCCCCACGGACGUCACCUUUCCUGGCCUUUCAGCAGACGUCCCUGCAGAAGUUCGCCGGACCAUCGCACGGGUGCAUAUCAACCUUGGACACCCCACGGCGGAGGAACUGGUCAGAUUGGCGUCACCUCAGGCACCACCACCUUCAGCCACCCCUUCCUCUGUGACGCAGUUUGGUGACCGAGUUGAACUCGACAUCUUCUACAUCAGGAAGCUGGACGGCGAGAAUGUGAUGGUGCUCGGCAUGGUGGACGUGGCGACUCGCUUUCAUCAGGCUGCCGUCCUUCUUGGCCGCACCCCAGAGAUUGCCUAUGAGGCCUUUGAACGAGUCUGGCUUCGACCCUAUACACUCCCUGUCCUGGUGGCGGCAGAUCCGGAUGGAUGUUUCCAAGGCGACUUCCAGAACCGUCUGGAGUCACAUGGCACCUUGGUGGAGCACUGCCCGCCUGACGCACACUGGAAAAUCGCCCACGUGGAGCGCCAGAACGCCUUUCUGCGCACCGUCCUCGAGAAGCUGGUGGACACCUUUUCUGCGACCUCAGCCUCGGAGAUGGACCUGCUCAUUGCCCCGUCGCUCCACGCCGUUAACAGCAUGGUACUCAGCAGGGGCAGGUCGGCUUUCCAGGCGGUCUUUGGAAGAGUGCCUCGACUUCCCGGCGGGCUGUUCAUGGACAACCAGGCAUUGGCGGUCUCCCCGGCGACCGAUCCGGCGGCCACAGCGGAAAGGGUCCGCUCGGAAGCGGUCAAGGCGAUCGCGGACUUGAACGUACAACAGUCGAUGGGCGAUCCUUCGGAAAACAAGGCGCGUCCGGAUCCCGGAGUUGGAGCCAGGCAGCCCAUGCUGCUUUUGGAGGUGGCGACGCCGGGGUCCGGAACAACCACCGCCCUGGUGGCCACCGAGCAACUUCGAUCGGCUGUUGGUUUUGAACAAUGGGUUCCUACGGAGCAGGACGUGACCGCCCUCAAAGACGCCAGCAAGGCACUCUCUGAAAGCCUUUGGGCAGAUGAGACUGGACCGCCUCCGCCUGAAGAGGAGAUGCUUGAAGCACAGCCUCUUCACCGGGUCCUUGGCGAAGACGACUUCCUCAUGAACUACCAGGCCGACGACGAGCUCCUCGCCGCGGCCUCUUCACAAAUCGCCGGCCAGCAAAGACUUGACGCGGCUGCUUCGUGGGCUCCUGGGACGCCUGUCCCCACACCUGAACCACCACAAGCUCAAGCACAGCUGUCCGGCACCAUCAAUAAUACGUAUGUGUACGCUCGACUUGGAGACGUUAUGCAGGGCGCACGCCGAAGCAACUCUAUGCCAAGGACACCACGGAGAAGCCGGUCACCAGCGCCUUUGACUACGGCCUCGACGCCCAGACCUGCCUUACCUCCUGGACUACCAGAACUUCCGCAGCUUCAAGAAGGACAAGCGCCGGCUUUGGAGCCUGCAGAACGACUUCCCGAGCUUCUCUCUCCUGACUUCAGCGCUCCCUACGAGGAACUUCCUGGACUACCAGAACUUCCACAGCUUCAAGAAGGACAAGCGCAGCUGCCACCUCCGGAGAUAGCAACAGACCUCGCACUGGAGCCGAACACGACAGAAACCGCUGAACUACCUGACGAUGUCCGCGACUACGUUCCUUCACCUGCCGCUGACCUAUCCGAGACUCCAGCAGCUUUACUUGGGCCACUGCCUCCCACUCCUGCAGACUCUGGACAGGUGGCGCCACCUUCGACUUCUGCCACCUCCAGGGCUCCUACAACACCGGUGACCAGCUCUGCGACUUCAGGAGUAACGGGCCUGCUGCCAGCCAAGCGGACCUUUGAAUCCUUAACUGGCAACCUCUACGAGGAAGAUGGACUUCUCCACCGAGCUCCUUCCGGAACCUCCCUCGGCGAGUUCUACGGACCGAGCUGCAACCAGUUCUACCAGGCCUACCUUGCCUCCUCCUAUCGGAGCGACGAUGUGUUGGCCACAGACAAGCCUGCGCAGGAGGUCGACACCUCAGACUCCGAUUGGGACGAUGCCCCGCCGACUUCGAGCUCAAGGCAAGGCAUGUCCCGUAUGGAAGCCAAAGCUUUGGAUCGUGAGAUUCCAUGGCGCAAAAUCAUGGAGAUGCCGCCCCCUCAGCUGGAGGCUUACAAGGAGGCGGUGCAGAAGGAGCACUCUUCCUGGAUGGAGUGGCGCUCGGUGAAGGCCCUUAACCAUCAGGAGGCCAGCGACGUCUUGAAAGACAAGAUCCUCGCCAAACGUGUGCUGAGGACACGCAGCUGCUUCCGGGACAAAGCCAAGGGACUUGGACCCCUGCGGGCAAAAUGCCGCGUCGUGGCCCUGGGACACUGUGAUCCCGACCUCCGGCGUCUCAAUCGGGAAUGCCCGACCCCGAACCGGACCAGCGAACACGUGCUGUUCCUUGUCUUGACGGCCGGCAGCAACAAGGACUUUGCCGGCACCAAAAAGAAAUGGUUCGGCUGGACAGGGGAUGCUGCCACCGCCUUCUUGCAAGGGGAGCAGCCUGCCUCAGAGAGGACCUUGCCCCUCUACUUGAAGCCGCCUGACGAUGGCGUAACUCGAGCCACUGGAUGCUGGAGGGCACCCUUGUACCUGGUCCUGACCAACAUCUAUGGGCUAGCGAACGCACCGCGCUUGUGGGCGAAUACCGUGAUCCAGAGGCUUAAGAAGCUUGGAUAUCGGCAGCACUCCUUCGACCGCAUGGUCUUCCUCCUCUUUAAUGACCAGGAUGAACUGAUUUCGAUCAUCCUCGUCUACGUGGACGAUUUCCUCGGCGUUCACAGGGAAGACUGUUCAAUCGAACCUGUGUGGGAAUCCUUUAAGUGGGGUUCACUCAACCGGGUCGAGCCCAACAAGGAGUUCACCUUUAAGGGCAAGCAGAUUUCGCUGCGCCAGCGGAACAAUGGGCGCUUCUACCUCCACCUUUGCCAGGCCGAGUGCAUCGACGGCCUGUCCAUGGGCAAGAUCCCCAGAGGCGCAGACUUGGACGCAACCCUGACGGCAGAACAGAAGGCGGAGUUCCGAAGCAUGUCCGGUUGCAUGCAAUGGCUUUCGACCCAGACUCGGCCAGAGCUGUCCGCCACGAAUAGCCUUGCCAACAAGGGGGACAAGACUACCGUGGCCGACUUGAAGUCCCUCUACCAGGCCCUCGAGUUCGCCCGAGCCACGAAGCAGGACGGCAUCGUCAUCGAGGACGUCGCCUUGAACCGCGGCAGCGUCAUCGUGACCUACUCCGACGCUUCUUGGGCAAAUGCGGAGCUUUGUCGCUCUCAACUGGGUGUGCUGGUUCUCUUGACCUCCCACACCGCACUUCACAAGACGACUCCGGCGGCCGUCCUCGACUGGCGCUCGGGGCGCUCAACAAGGGUCUGCCGCUCGACGCUGGCGGCCGAGGCAAGCGCAGCCGAUGAAGGCUGCGACAGGGGAUGCUACCUCAACAUGUUCCUCGCUGAACUGCUCUACAACGUCCCUGCUCACCGCUGCUCGCACCGACUUCUUCACCUCCACGUCGUGGACGCCAAGUCCCUGUAUGACGUAGUGGUCAGUGAUACUCCCAACCUUGCGGACAAGAGGUCCCUUGUGAACGUGAGGGCUAUACAGGAGGUCGUGGAUGCAGAACGCAUCAGGUGGGUCCCCACUUUUCUUCAAUGGGCCGACGGCCUAACGAAGCAUAGCGCAGAAUUGCAGCUUACGCUUCACGAGUGGCUCCAAAAGCCAGUGGUCACGCUUAGGGAUGAUGCUUAG